AGCGCCGGCGGCGGCCGCGGCGUAGUCAGCGGCGGCGGUGGCGGCUGCGGGCAGAGCGGCGAGUUUCCGAUUUAAAGCUGAGCUGCGAGGAAAAUGGCGGCUGGCGGCUCAAAAUACUUGCUGAACAGUGGACUCAGAGACCAUUACAUAUAAACUCGUACUUGACCAGCAUUUGAUUAGCCAGUUGCUGAUGUAUUUUCAAGAUGAGUGGACUAGGAGAAAACUCCUUGGAUCUGUUAUCCACAGAUUCACGAAAACGCAAACUGCCAUGUGAUACUCCAGGACAGGGUCUUACUUGCAGUGGUGAAAAGUGGAGACGAGAGCAAGAGAGCAAAUAUAUUGAAGAAUUGGCUGAACUGAUAUCUGCAAAUCUUAGUGAUAUUGACAAUUUCAAUGUCAAACCAGAUAAAUGUGUGAUUUUAAAGGAAACAGUAAGACAGAUACGACAAAUAAAAGAACAAGGAAAAGCAAUCUCAAAUGACGAUGAUGUUCAGAAAGCUGAUGUGUCAUCUACAGGACAGGGGGUUAUUGACAAAGACUCUUUAGGACCACUUUUACUUCAGGCAUUGGAUGGUUUCUUGUUUGUGGUAAAUCGGGAUGGAAACAUUGUAUUUGUGUCAGAAAAUGUUACCCAGUAUCUGCAAUAUAAGCAAGAGGACCUGGUUAACACAAGUGUCUACAAUAUCUUACAUGAAGAAGACAGAAAGGAUUUUCUUAAAAAUUUACCAAAAUCUACAGUUAAUGGAGUUUCCUGGACAAAUGAGACCCAGAGACAAAAAAGCCACACAUUUAAUUGUCGUAUGUUAAUGAAAACACAUGAUAUUUUGGAAGACAUGAACACCAAUCCUGAAAUGCGGCAGCGAUAUGAAACCAUGCAGUGCUUUGCCCUGUCUCAGCCACGCGCUAUGAUGGAGGAAGGGGAGGACUUGCAAUCCUGUAUGAUCUGUGUGGCCCGACGCAUUACUACAGGUGAACGAGCGUUUCCAUCAAAUCCUGAGAGCUUUAUUACCAGACAUGAUCUUUCAGGAAAGGUUGUCAAUAUAGAUACAAAUUCUCUGAGAUCUUCCAUGAGGCCUGGCUUUGAAGAUAUAAUCCGAAGGUGUAUCCAGAGGUUUUUCAGUCUGAAUGAUGGGCAGUCAUGGUCCCAGAAACGUCACUACCAAGAAGCUUACAUUCAUGGCCAUGCAGAAACCCCUGUGUAUCGAUUCUCCCUGGCUGAUGGAACUAUAGUGACUGCACAGACAAAAAGCAAACUCUUCCGAAACCCCGUAACAAAUGAUCGCCACGGCUUUGUCUCAACACACUUUCUUCACAGAGAACAGAAUGGGUAUAGACCAAACCCAAAUCCUGUAGGACAAAGCAUUAGACCUUCUGCAGCUGGAUGCGGCAGUUCGGUAGGCAGCAUGAGCAUGUCGCCAAACCACAGCUUACAGAUGCUGAGUGGCAGGGCCUAUGGCUUGGCAGAGCCCAGCACCACAGGGCAGAUGAGUGCUGCUAGGUAUGGGGCUUCCAGUAACAUAGCUUCACUGACCCCUGGGCCAGGCAUGCAGUCACCGUCUUCCUACCAGAACAACAACUAUGGGCUGAACAUGAGUAGCCCCCCACAUGGCAGUCCUGGUCUUGGCUCCAACCAGCAGAAUAUCAUGAUCUCUCCUCGUAAUCGUGGGAGCCCAAAGAUGGCCUCACACCAGUUUUCUCCUGUUCCAGGUGUGCACUCCCCUAUGGGAUCUUCUGGCAGUACCUCAAGCCACAGCUUUUCCAGCAGCUCUCUCAGUGCCCUGCAAGCCAUCAGUGAGGGGGUGGGGACGUCUCUCUUAUCCACUUUGUCUUCACCAGGCCCCAAAUUGGAUAAUUCUCCCAACAUGAAUAUGACUCAGCCAAGUAAAGGGAGCAGUAGUCAGGAUUCAAAGAGUCCCCUAGGCUUAUACUGUGACCAGAAUCCAGUGGAGAGUUCAGGGUGUCAGUCAAAUAGCAGAGAUCACCUCAAUGACAAAGAAAGUAAGGAGAGUGGUGGAGAAGGAUCUGAAAAUCCAAGGGGGCCUUUGGAAAGCAAAGGCCAUAAGAAGUUACUGCAGUUACUUACCUGCUCCUCUGACGACCGAGGCCAUUCCUCCUUGAACAACUCCCCUUUGGAUUCCAGUUGUAAAGACACUUCUGCUAAUGUCACCAGCCCCUCUGGAGUCUCAUCCUCAACACCAGGAGGUGUGUCCUCCACAUCCAAUGUGCACGGGUCACUAUUACAAGAGAAGCAUCGUAUUUUGCACAAGUUGCUGCAGAAUGGAAAUUCACCGGCCGAAGUAGCCAAGAUUACUGCAGAAGCCACGGGGAAAGACACUACCAGUGUCACCACCUGUGGCGAGGGAGAUGUCAAGCAGGAGCAGCUAAGUCCAAAGAAGAAGGAGAACAACGCUCUUCUGAGGUACCUGUUGGACAGGGACGAUCCUAGUGACACACUCUCUAAAGAGUUACAGCCCCCCGUGGAAGGGGUCGAUAAUAAAGUGACUCAGAGCAGCAGUUCCACCAUUCCCAGCUCCAGUCAAGAGAAAGAUGCAAAGAUUAAGACAGAAGCAAGUGAAGAGGGAUCUGGAGACUUGGAUAAUCUAGAUGCCAUUCUUGGUGACCUGACGAGUUCUGACUUUUACAGUAAUAAUCCCAUAUCCUCAAAUGGCAGUCAUCUGGGGACCAAGCAACACAUGUUUCAGGGAGCUAAUUCUUUGGGUUUGAGAAGUCCACAGUCUGUGCAGUCCAUUCGUCCUCCAUAUCACCGUGCAGCGUCUCUAGAUAGCCCUGUUUCUGUUGGCUCAAGUCCUCCAGUCAAAAAUAUCAAUGCUUUCCCCAUGUUACCAAAGCCACCCAUAUUGGGUGGGAAUCCACGAGUGGUAGAUAGUCAGGAAAAUUAUGGCUCAAAUAUUGGUGGACCAAACAGAAAUGUGACUGUGAACCAGACACCAUCCUCAGGAGACUGGGGCUUACCAAACCCCAAAGCCAGUAGAAUGGAAGCCAUGAGUUCAAACUCCAUGGGAAGACCUGGAGGUGAUUACAAUGCUUCCAUACCCAGACCUGCAAUGGGGGGCUCUAUGCCCACCUUGCCUCUUCGGUCUAAUAGUAUACCAGGUACAAGACCAAUGUUGCAGCAGCAGCAGCAGCAACAGAUGCUUCAAAUGAGGCCCACUGAGAUUCCCAUGGGAAUGGGAGUCAAUCCCUAUGGCCAAGCAGCACCAUCUACUCAAACAGCUUCCUGGCCAGAUAGCAUGUUGUCCAUGGAACAAGGCCCUCAAGGGACACAAAACAGGCCUCUUCUUAGGAAUUCCUUGGAUGAUCUUCUUGGACCACCUUCUAAUCUGGAAGGCCAGAGUGAUGAGAGAGCAUUGUUGGACCAAUUGCAUACACUCUUGAGCAAUACGGAUGCCACAGGUCUGGAGGAAAUUGACAGAGCUUUGGGCAUCCCUGAGCUUGUCAACCAGGGACAGGCUUUGGAGCCCAAACAGGAUGCUUUCCAAGGCCAAGACGCAGCAGUGAUGAUGGAUCAAAAGGCAGCAUUAUAUGGACAGACAUACCCAACCCAGGGGCUACCAAUGCAGGGGGGCUUUAAUCUUCAGGGACAAUCACCAUCAUUUAACUCGAUGAUGAAUCAGAUGAAUCAGCAAGGCACUUUUCCUCUCCAAGGAAUGCACCCUCGGGCCAAUAUCAUGAGACCUCGCACGAACACCCCAAAGCAGCUUAGAAUGCAACUUCAGCAGAGGCUUCAGGGCCAGCAGCAGGGUUUUCUAAAUGCCCAGAUGGUCGCUCAGCGCAGCAGAGAGCUGCUGAGUCAUCACUUCCGACAACAGAGGGUAGCAAUGAUGAUGACGCAGCAACAGCAGCAACAGCAGCAGCAGCAACAGCAGCAGCAGCAGCAGCAGCAGCAAAGCCAGGCCUUUAGUCCACCUCCGAAUGUCACUGCCUCCCCCAGCAUGGAUGGAGUUUUGACAGGAUCUGCAAUGCCACAAGUGCCGCCCCAGCAGUUUCCAUAUCCACCAAAUUAUGGAAUGGGUCAACAACCAGAUCCAGCCUUUGGUCGAGUGUCUAGUCCCCCUAAUGCAAUGAUGUCAUCAAGGAUGGCUUCCUCCCAGAACCCCAUGAUGCAGCACCCUCAGACUGCACCGAUGUACCAGUCCUCAGAAAUGAAGGGGUGGCCAUCAGCAAACCUGGCCAGGAACAGCGCCUUUCCGCAGCAGCAGUUUGCUCACCAGGGUGGUGCUGCUGCAUAUAGCAUGGUGCAUAUGAACGGCAGCAGUGGCCACUUGGGACAGAUGACCAUGAGCUCCAUGCCUAUGUCCGGCAUGCCCACGGGGCCUGACCAGAAGUACUGCUGACCUCUCUAUACUGGGACCGCUAAGGAAACCACUGCCCAAAGGAUACUGCAUAGGGUCAUCAGGAGGUGAUGCAUCUAGCUUGGAAGCACCAACCAGCCUUGAGCUUCAUCACAGUCUUCCAAGUAAUGCCAUUGGAUCAGGACUGGACCUGAAGCUGAAGUGCAGUAUCUACCUGUUUCCUUACUUGUGUGCACCAUCGUGUUCCAAACCAGUGUUUUCAGCCUUCUGCUUCAUAGCAGUGCUGAUUCUGGAGAGAAGGGGGGCGGGGUUCCUGGUCACAAGGGGUUUCUCUAGCAGCAGUCUGACAUAGAGUAUAGGCCUGGCCCUUAGUGUUUUGGUUUCUAUCAAGUAGGUCUGCGUUUGCCCUUUUAUGUGGUGGCGUUGGCAUUUCCAUAUUCAUGUCCUUUAUUGAUGGUGUUGAGUGCUGUCUCUCGCUGUUGUCCUAGGUUUCCUCCCCAUAAAGAUUUUCAUUAAGCCCUGAUGCCCUGAAACACCCCAGGACUUGUCAUUGAAGUCAAAUGGCUUUGCAGAAGGGAAAUGAGAUGACAGUGUUUAAUUGCAGCAGUGGCAAAUUUUUCAUAUGCUAACGUGCAGCUGAGUGCACUUUAUUAAAAAAAAAAUAAUGGAUAAAAUGCAAUAUUCCUGAGGUCUUGAGGAAUGGUGAGCCACAUUCUUGGUUUUUGUCAACACUUAUUUGUUGGACAGGAGCCAUGAUUUAAAACAUUAAAAAAAAAGUACUGGUGUCACCCUUUGCCUAUAUGGUAGAGCAAUAAUGCUUUUUAAAAAUAAACUGAAAACCCAAGGCCAGGUACUGCAUUCUGAAUCAGAAUUUCGCAGUGUUUCUGUGAAUAUUUUUUGUAAAUAUGACCUUUAAGAUAUUGUAUUAUGUAAAAUAUGUAUAUACCUUUUUUGUAGGUCACAUCAGCUCAUUUUUACAGAGUUCAUGAAGCUUAAGUAUUUAACUUUUGUCAAUUUCAAUAAGCCCCGUGUGCCGAGGCUGCAACAGAAGCAAUGCUCCUCGAUCUCCUGGCUGGAAGAGGCAUGGCGUCCACAGCUUUUCCUCUCCCAGCCUUGGCCUCACUCUUACCAAUCUCUUGAUCUAAAUGCGUUUUUUUGUUUGUUUGUUUGUCUGUUUUGGGUUUUUUUUGGGGGGGGGUAAGGUCAGUUGUGGGGCUUAAA